AUGUCUGACGAUUUUGAAGAUAUUCCAGAACUUGUGCCUGCAGGCAAUAUUGAAACAAACAAUGAACCUAUAGAGCAACAAAGUACCACAAACACCAAGAUUCCAGUCACUAUCGUUACAGGCUUUUUGGGAAGUGGUAAAACUACACUGUUGAAUUAUAUUUUAACAGAAAAGCACGACAAGAAAAUCGCAGUUAUUCUAAACGAAUUUGGCGAUAGUAGUGAUAUCGAAAAGAGUCUGUCGGUCAACCAGGAUGGCAAUUUAUAUGAAGAAUGGUUGGAGCUAAGAAAUGGGUGUUUAUGUUGUUCUACAAAGGAUGUUGGUGUAAAGGCGAUAGAGAACCUAAUGGAGAAGAAAGGGAAAUUUGAUUAUAUUCUUUUGGAGACAAGCGGUUUGGCAGAUCCUGGUCCUAUAGCAUCCAUGUUUUGGUUGGAUGAUGGUUUAGGAAGUGAGAUUUAUCUAGACGGCAUCGUCACCUUGGUAGAUGCCAAACAUAUCAAGGAUUAUAUGAAGGAAGAGAAGAAGGAUUUGAUGAUGAAUGAAGCAUUAAAACAGGUGGCUAUUGCUGAUCGUAUUGUCAUCAAUAAGAAAGAUUUGAUCACGGAUGAUCAACUACAGCAGCUUCAAGAAGAUUUAAGCUCAAUUAACUCUGUAGCUGAUAUGAUGGUAACCGAAAGAUCAAGAAUUCCCUUGGAUUAUAUCCUAGACAUCAAGGCCUAUGAUGUGAAGAAUGUGGAUGCUCUCGUUUAUCAAACCAACAAGAUAGACGAACAUGCCAAGACGCAUGCCCAUGAAAUUAGCCAUGAGGUGCAAACUGUAUGUAUACAAUUUGAUCAGCAAUUAGAUAAACUUGAACCAUUAGAAUAUUGGAUUCAAGAUUUACUAUGGGAGAAAAAAAUACAAGGGAUCGAGAGUGAUCCUGUUACUGUCUUGAGAUUGAAGGGCAUCAUCUACCCACCUAAAGAUAAAACGCUCUCAAAUACCAAGAAAAGACUUGUUAUUCAAGGUGUACAGGCUCUCUAUGAUAUUCAAGAAGGAUAUUCUGAAGUAGAAGAAGAGACAAACACGUCUAGUAAAAUUGUGCUUAUCGGAAAGAACCUUCAAAAGGAUCGACUUUCCCGUUCCCUAGACAACGUUUUAAAAAUUGAACAUAACGUCCUUUAA